AUGGCGGUGCGCAGGCAGCUACGGGAGUUCUUCCAGGAUCCGCAGAUUGAUGGGGUCAUUACUGUGGAGCGGCCAAAGUCGUGCUCUCCGAUGCCAUCCUUGCCCCCACGGCGGCGGGCUCCGCUGCCAGAGGACUGCGCCGUGUUUCAGUGCCGCGGCUGCCGGGCCGUGCUGGGGGACUCGCUGCAUUUGUGCGCGCAGGAACGCCAGCUCGACGUUCUCGUCUGCUUCAAAGUCACAAACGAAGUGACCUGUGAGGAUUCGCUCAUGAUCGGCCUCGAGGGAGCCUUCCUGGGAUGUGCUUACUACUCACUGUCCUGUCAGUCAUGUGGUUCCGUAGUGGGCUUCGUUCUUUAUUCUACUGCCAGACACCUAGCCUGUCUGCGAGGCUUCUUCUGUUUGUUCAAGGACAGCAUCCUCUGUUACCUCUUAAAGAAACAAAUUGUAGUAGAAGCGACGAAGAUGAAUUUUCCUCCUGUGAGCUUAAUGGGAAAACUGCAGGAAUUGAAAGAAAAGCUUGUGGAUGUCCAUGCUCGCAUAGAAGUGCUAAUGAAGAAGAUGGAAGAACUAGAACAAAAGUAUAAUGUGGCAGAAAGGCAAAGCUCUACAUCAGAAGCAACUGGUCUACCACCAGGAUAUGCAAUAGUCAGGGUGAAUUAG